UCAAAGUUCUUAAAUAAUAUUUAGGAUGGCUAUUGUUUUGCUGUUUUGUGGAUUUUAGCAUACAUUUCUGUGGCUUGUGGCAAUAAUAUAGAAUUGUACAUGAUCAAAGUUGAUUUUAGCUUGGGUUUUACAUUAUAAGAAAGAAAGACUGACAGUGACAUAUUAAGGCCCGGUCCCACUGCACUUACGGAUGCAAAGAGCAUGUAAAACGUAAAAAAAUCUUUGCCAUCCGUUGGAAAACGCUAUGCAUCCGUUGUGUACUCAUUGCAUAUGUGCUUCAUACGCUCUAUCCAUCGAGCAUCCGUCCACUGUGCUUUCAUCCGCGCAAAAAGUUUUGAGCUGCACAAAACUUUUAGAACGGAUGAACUUUCCGCCGUGUACGAUGUAAAUCCGCGACAUAUACGAGCAACAAACGUUCUAUGUCCGUUAUCAUCCGUUAAACGUCUGCUGUAUCCUCUCUGCAUCCUCUGGGCAUCCUCGCAACUCACAUCCGCUGCAGCUGAAAAUGGAAAGAGGGAGGAAAGAUAAGGUACAUGAAACGUCUAUUCAUCGUUAGUAGCACGGAAAUAGAAAGGAUGUAAGCGUAUGCAUCUCGUAUAUAAAGUAUUCAAAAUGGACAAAGCGUUUAUAUCUGGGAUGUAUCUCGUAUAUUUAGGAUGUCUGGAGUAUGUCUAGAGUAUGUAGAAGGACACCUAGCGGACAAUCGGUCUGCAUCCGAUAUACAUCCGCGCAACAUCCCCUUUGUUUCCGUUAGGCGUACGUGAUGCAUCCCCUUCAUCCGCUAUGCAUCCGCUCUUUCUGCUAUGCGUCCGCUUCUCAGUUAUCACCGGUAACCCCUUCGGAGCUGUCAUCCACUUCCAUCCACUUCCAUCCGCUAGGCUUCCUAUGAACAUGCGUUUAACAUCCCCGCUAUAUACUACCCACGUCCAUUCUUUUCCGUUCUGUUUUCGCAAAUUUUCGCCAAUUUUGUUCAUUUCUGGAGCGGAUGAAAAAGGAUAGAGCCACCCCCGAAAUUUUGCUCGUCCGCUGUGUCCUUUUUGCAUACAUUUUGUGUCCAUCGGCCAGUGGGACUGGGCCUUUAGGUUGGUUACAAAUUGGUUCAACUUAUUCACAUCUGUAAAAUACAGGCCUAGGUGAUAUCUCUGGGAGUGGUUUUGAUGUAUUACAUGUUGCUUUAUUUUUGCAUGGUGAGGUUGACAUUUACAUGGAAUUGCCCUAUUGCAGAUUUGAAUUCGGCACACCCAAAUUGACAAAAUAAGACUGUUUGCCGACUUUGUCUCAAAAAUGCCUUUAACUCUUUAAAUAAGCACUUUUUUGAAUUUUGGUACCAGUCUAAGAAGCCACUGAUCGCUUUAAGCCGACCGCACACCUUCCCGAUUCGCUUACGAUUUUGUCGGGCCGAUUAAAUCGCUUGCGAAUCGUAAAUGUGUGCGGGGGCACCUCAUAGCCGAUUUCAUCGGUUCUCGGUUCAGAUCAAACUGGUCUUGAUACACUAUAUUGCCAAAAGUAUUUGCUCACCCAUCCAAAUUAUCGGAAUCAGGUGUUCCAAUCACGGCCACAGGUGUAUAAAAUCAAGCACCUAGGCAUGCAGACUGUUUUUACAGUUUGGAGCUGGCCCCUUCCUCUUUCAACAUGACUGUGCACCAGUGCACAAAGCAAGGUCCAUAAAGACAUGGAUGACAGAGUCUGGUGUGGAUGAACUUGACUGGCCUGCACAGAGUCCUGACCUCAACCCGAUAGAACACCUUUGGGAUGAAUUAGAGCAGAGACUGAGAGCCAGGCCUUCUCGUCCAACAUCAGUGUGUGACCUCACAAAUGCGCUUCUGGAAGAAUGGUCAAAAAUUCCCAUAAACACACUCAUAAACCUUGUGGACAGCCUUCCCAGAAGAGCUGAAGCUGUUCUAGCUGCAAAGGGUGGACCGACGUCAUAUUGAACGCUAUGGAUUAGGAAUGGGAUGUCACUUAAGCUCAUGUGAGUCAAGGCAGAAAGCAGUCACUGGAGUUAAGAAACGGCAAGAACUGCAGCUAUGCAUAGCCUGUUUUGAUUUUUUUCAAGUAUAUGGAUACGUUUGUAUAAUUAAUAGAAUCAAAGCUGAUCCCAUUGAUGUGCUGGUGGACCAGUGGCCAGAUUUCAAUGUGCUACUCGCCAGACCAAAAUGGCAGCAGAAAUCAGACAUUUAUAAAGUCAUCUGCGUUUUUACCAAGGAUGAAACGUCUCUCAGGAACAUGCUGAUUGGGACAGAUGUUCUUGACUGGAAGCAGUUCUUCCGUCUAAGUACUGAUGUGCGCCAUGAGGAAAUGCUAAAGGCUGUAGCAGUGAUGAGAGGGGUGCCAAUGAGUAAACUUUAUGUCUGCCAUGUGCUGAAAUUGCAGGAUCCGUCUAACCUGACAAUGGAAAGGUUACCCUUACAAGUGUCGUCACUUAACGAGUCGCACGUUGCUCUGGUCAAUAGUACAUGGAAGUUUGGCAUGGGUGAAUUCAGUGAAAAGAUCAUCAGAGACAUGAUCAUGAAUUUCCCUUCAUGCUGUGUGCUGGACUCGGAGGGUCAGCCGGUGUCAUGGAUAUUGACCUAUUCUUGCUGCGCAGUUGGAAUGCUGUACACGCUGCCGGAGCACAGACGGAAAGGCUACGCCAAAGCCCUGGUCACCAUAUUGGCAAAGAAACUACAUUCAGAGGGCUGCCCAGUGUACUGCUUGAUUGAGGAGGAGAACCAGUUAUCCUACAGGCUCUUUACCAAUUUAGGCUUCACUGAGGAUCCGUCUUUCAGGAUUACUGGUUUUAAAUUUAAUCAAUUAUGUUAAGGCUUCAUGAUGGCUUUGUUACAAAGGACAUUCCUGUUAUCAUUGCAUGAACGUAUAUGGACCCUUUUCACGUGACGUCAUGACAAACGCGGCCGCCAUUUUGGACAUGUACUACCAGUAGUUUACCACAGCCAGCAUUGAGGAACGGCAGCAAAGAAAGUUUUUACUUUCAGCAAGACUUCCAUCAUGCCACUAUAUUGUUGUGCACCUGGAUGUAGUAACCAUCAACAAACAAGGCAAGGUUUAUCAUUUUAUCAGAUCCCGACGGAGAAGAUGGAUAGCGGCCAUAAACAGGAAAGAUUGGCAGCCCUCGGCAUACCAACGCUUGUGUAGUGACCACUUUGUUGGAGGUAAGACGAAUAAAAUUAGCCAGAAAAGGCAUUACAUUGCUGUUAACAUUCUGUGGCGGCGAGUGUGUAACCAAAUAGGCUAAAAUAACCCAUUGUAACCGCUUUGUUCUUCUGUAGUAGCUAUUGUUGACUAGCUAAUGUCAACAACAGUAGCUAGUAUGUUACUGUAGCAAUGUUUACGUUCAGUCAUUUGGAUGACUGUUAAAACCUUUCAAUCUCAAGUUUUUCCUUUACUGUAUUUACUAGUUUACUGUAAUUAUGAUCCGGCUGAGGUUCCCCUCAAAUUAAGC